CCGAAGAAGAAGCGGAAGCAGCAACAAGCAUAAAGAUGGCGAACACCUACAGAAUGACAGACGAGGACAUCAGGCUGAUGAUACAGCUUCGUGCCUCAAAUGCUGCCGUCUUCACAGGAAGGAAGAACUCUGCCCUGAUAGGCUGGAGGGCCAUCAGUAAAGAGCUGGGGCUCGAGGGUCUGGUGUCGGCGCAGCAGCUGAAGAAGAAAUGGGGCAACAUGAAAGAAAAGUACAAGCUGUUGAAGUAUCCUCCGGCGGGCAUGGAGAAUGUGACCAAACCCACCUCGUGGCGCUGGUUCCACUUGAUGGAACAGGCCGAGUGUGGUCACCUGGCUGAAGACACCAGAAUCAUACCCACCUGCCACAUGGAGGAGGACGAGGAGCUGGGCGGCGCCCUGCUGCCUCUCAGCUCGUCCAACAUGGAGGAGGACAUCUCUGCUCUGGGCGUCAUUGACACAGGAAGUCUGGAGAGCGAGGACGGGCUCAUGGAGAUAACUGACGUCAGAACAUUGAACACUGCGGAAUCACCUACCGAGGUGGUCACAGACAUUGGAGUGCAGGUGUGUGUGAAAAGUCCUGAGAGGAAAAUCAAAAGCACGACAUUAUUGCCACACACUGACACCGUCAAGCCACUGCUGCUGCCACCGCUGUCACCGUCCUCCUCCUCCAGACACGUGGAGCUGGAGUCUGCAGAGCUGGACAGGAAGCUGUCUGAGCUGCAGAGAGAGAGACAAGUUCUGGAGAGAGAGCAGGCCGAGUUUGACAGAGAGCUGAUCGCAUUAGAAAGAGACAGAGAGCUUCUGAACAGAGACAUGGUCACCGUCCAGCGAGAGAGAACAGCGGUGGACAGGGACCGAGCGGCUGUGGAGAGGGACCGGGCGUUGUUGGAGCGAGACCGGGCAUUUCUGGACAGAGACAGAGCCGUUCUUGAGAGGGACAAAGUGUUUCUAGAAAGAGCCAGGGAAGACCUGGAGAGGGAGAGGACACUACUCAAGAGAGAGAAAGAGGCGGCAGCUGUGGACGGAGGUCAGGCUGAAACAGUGACGGACAAAGAGGUCUUACUCCAGACCAAGUUCUGUGAGAGCCUGAGGGCCACAGAUCUGGAUCCAGACCAGCUGGAGACCAGACAGAGACUGGUGUCUUUGUUCCAGAAGCUUGUGGAAAAACUGUGAAUGGACGGUGUCUCACGACAGACACCGUUUCCCAAGGCCAGGUCAAGCAUGGUUGUAUGAGUUACUGGCUGUGUCUGCCCCCUGCUGGCCUCCUGUGCCAGUACAAUGGCGCUUGUCCACUUCACAGUCUUAGCACGACGUGACACGGCAGGUUUUUUUGGGUUUUCCGUCAGUGAUCGUUGACUGGUACUUUUUUUAGUACUUGUUCUGACGAGGUUCCAAGCGAGCUCAGCCGAUACUAAAAUGUGACAUCAACAGACUUCCGGCCGCUGAUUGGUCAGAGAGUGUUGUAACUGGAAGAGUCGGUACUUAGAUAAGUUAUAUGUUAGUAAAUCUGUGUCUUUUAACGUAGCGUUACUCGUCCAGACGUCACUGACACAUGCAGGCAUGUUGUCAGGGAGAGCCUGAUUUCUUAAAUGGUCUUUGCUCCAUUUGACAAAGAAGUCAUGAAAAAAAAAAGGUUGUUUUGGAACUUGGGAUCGGUAGAAUUCAAUACAAUCCAAAAAUUAAAUAAAAAUCAGCAAAAUUA